CGUCCGUAGCUGAGCUGUGGGGCUUGGCGACGGGGCACCGCGGCAGCGAGUCCACCGCCAGCAAGAGCAGCGUGUCCUGGACGGCGCGGCCAGCAUUUAAGUGAGCCAGCCCAGGCCCCCUCCCUCCCUCCCAUCGUCCCGAUCUCCUCGCUUCGUCCCGCUGCUCGUCGCGGCAGGCGUCAUCUCAUCACCGCCACCGGCCGUGGUUCACGCCCGCGUUCGCCAGUCGCCUCGUCUCCCGCCGCAGCCCGCAGCCCCGCACGGGACGCGCGUGCGCGCAUCGCCGCGGCGCGCGCGACCGUCCCCUUCGGCUACGCGACAGGCUUUGCUCCCCCCGGCUCGGCUCGGCUCGGUUCUGCUCUGCCGCCACCGCCGCGCUCCCGGAUCUCGGCGACCGCUUCUCGUCCAGGGAUUAGCAGACAAAGAUGGCGACCUAUGAGCCCAAGAACAUUCUCAUAACCGGCGCUGCUGGUUUCAUCGCGUCGCAUGUGGCAAACCGCCUGGUUAGGAACUAUCCACACUACAAGAUUGUUGUCCUCGACAAGCUUGAUUACUGCUCCAACCUAAAGAACCUCAACCCUUCACGGCCUUCACCAAAUUUCAAGUUUGUCAAGGGUGACAUUGCAAGUGCUGAUCUGGUCAACUACCUUCUGAUCACAGAGUCGAUUGACACCAUCAUGCAUUUUGCUGCUCAGACUCAUGUGGAUAAUUCCUUUGGCAAUUCAUUUGAGUUCACAAAGAACAAUAUAUAUGGUACCCACGUCCUGCUGGAGGCUUGCAAGGUUACUGGUCAGAUCAGGAGGUUUAUUCAUGUCAGUACUGAUGAGGUGUAUGGAGAAACUGAUGAGGAUGCUGUGGUUGGUAACCACGAGGCCUCACAGCUCCUUCCAACAAAUCCUUAUUCAGCUACAAAAGCUGGGGCUGAAAUGCUUGUGAUGGCAUAUGGAAGGUCUUAUGGUCUUCCUGUGAUUACCACUCGGGGUAACAAUGUGUAUGGGCCAAAUCAGUUCCCUGAGAAACUCAUUCCCAAAUUCAUUCUUUUGGCCAUGAGAGGUCUGCCUCUUCCUAUUCAUGGAGAUGGUUCCAAUGUCAGGAGCUACCUGUACUGUGAGGAUGUGGCUGAAGCUUUUGAGGUGGUUCUUCACAAAGGAGAGGUUGGACAUGUGUAUAACAUUGGUACUGUGAAGGAGAGGAGGGUGAUUGAUGUGGCCAAGGACAUAUGCAGGCUCUUUGGCUUGGAUACUGACAAAGUCAUCAGGUUUGUUGAGAACAGGCCCUUCAAUGACCAAAGGUACUUCUUGGAUGAUCAGAAGCUGAAGAGAUUGGGAUGGGCAGAGCACACACCAUGGGAAGAGGGAUUGAAGAAAACAAUAGAGUGGUAUACCACCAAUCCUGAUUACUGGGGAGAUGUCACUGGUGCGCUGCUCCCUCAUCCGAGGAUGCUGAUGACUCCUGGUGUUGAUGAAAGACAUAACUGGACUGAGGAAAUCAAGUCUCUAUCUUCUUCACCAGUGGAAGUUAGCACAACAGCUCCUGCAACCAGUACCCAAAGCACCACCGAUGCCCCUCAAAAGCAUCCCUACAAGUUCUUAAUAUAUGGUAGGACUGGAUGGAUUGGUGGCCUCCUUGGGAAGAUUUGUGAGAAACAAGGGAUAUCAUAUGAGUAUGGGAAAGGACGCUUGGAGGAGCGUUCUCAGCUUUUGGAGGACAUUAGAAAUGUGAAGCCGACUCAUGUUUUCAAUGCUGCUGGAGUCACUGGGAGACCGAAUGUUGAUUGGUGCGAGACCCACAAACAGGACACUAUCCGCACCAAUGUUGUAGGCACCUUGAAUCUUGCAGAUGUUUGUCGUGAGCAGGGUUUGCUCAUGAUCAACUAUGCUACAGGCUGUAUAUUUGAGUAUGAUGCUAAGCACCCUGAAGGGUCUGGAAUCGGCUUUAAAGAGGAAGACACACCGAACUUUACAGGUUCCUUUUAUUCCAAAACUAAAGCAAUGGUGGAAGAACUAUUGAAGGACUAUGAUAAUGUCUGUACUCUUAGGGUCAGGAUGCCUAUAUCAUCAGACCUAAGCAACCCUCGUAACUUCAUCACGAAGAUAGCUCGUUACGACAAGGUGGUGAACAUUCCCAACAGCAUGACAAUUUUGGAUGAACUUCUGCCUAUCUCCAUCGAGAUGGCGAAGCGGGACUGCAGGGGCAUAUGGAACUUCACCAACCCUGGCGUUGUCAGCCACAACGAGAUUCUGGAGAUGUACAAAAAGUACAUCAAUCCUGACUUCAAGUGGACCAACUUCACACUGGAAGAGCAGGCCAAGGUCAUAGUUGCACCUAGGAGCAACAAUGAGAUGGACGCGUCGAAAUUGAAGGCUGAGUUCCCUGAGCUGCUAUCCAUCAAGGAUUCUUUGAUCAAGAAUGUCUUUGAGCCAAACAGGAAGGUCCCUUCUAGCUGAGGAUUUAUACGGGGUUGUUGAGGUCCUUUGUAUUGGUUAUCGUUGGACACUAAAUUAGCUAAUGUUGCAUGGUGGUUCGUAGUUGUGGUCUAUUCUUUUGGGACAAUGGAGGCAUACCUCCUCCUUUUUAUCAUUCUGUUAUUACGGAUCAUGUUUUUACAGAACGCGUAGAUAUUUCUUAGAUGUUCUAUAUUAGUGGCUGAUAUGCUGAGGCGUGGUUAUCGAUGAACACUAGGAGUUAGCUUAUUCCAUUAUAUAUUAACUGUCGAGAGCAGUCGUUGUACAUAUUGUGGUCUGUGGUGCACUCUCUGCACUUUGCGCCUUUGUUUUUUGUUUGGGGGUUCUUGGUGGAUAUAUGGAGGUUGUCAUCCUGCUA